AAAAAUCAGAACUCUCAUAUGAUCUAUGUGAAUUGUUGAUAGAGAUUCGUUGAAUCUUGAGAGUUAAGAAUAGAUUUAAAGUUUACAUGAUGCUGAUGCCAUUAACGCAUCGUUUUAAGCUUACAAAUCGAAGAUGAGAAGUGUAAACGACAGCGUUGAGACCGUUAACGCCGCUGCCUCCGCCAUCGUCUCCGCCGAGUCGAGAGACCAGCCUACCACCGUUCAGAAGAAAAGAUGGGGAAGCUUCUGGAGCUUUUACUGGUGUUUUGGAUCUCAUAAGAACAGUAAACGAAUUGGCCAUGCUGUCCUUGUCCCUGAACCAGUGGUACCUAGAGCUGCAGUUUCAACUGCUGAAAAUGUAAGCAAUCCAACCAGCAUUGUAAUGCCCUUUAUUUCCCCUCCCUCAUCUCCUGCAUCAUUCCUGCUAUCGGAUCCUCCAUCUGCCACCCGAUCACCGGCUGAAUUGCUAUCCCUAACUGCCCUUUCGGUUAACACUUACUCUCCCCGCGGACCUGCAUCCAUUUUUGCCAUAGUGCCUUAUGCAUAUGAAACCCAGUUAGUCACACCUCCAGUAUUCUCUACGUUGACAACUGAACCAUCUACAGCUCCUUUUACACCCCCUCCAGAAUCUGUUCAGCUGACUACAUCUUCAUCUCCCGAAGUACCGUUUGCCCAAUUGCUGACAUCUUCCUUGGGGAGUACUCGGAUAAACAGUGGGAUCAAUCAGAAAUUUGGAUUGUCCCAUUAUGGAUUUCAGUCUUAUCAAAUAUACCCUGGGAGCCCUGGUGGUAAUCUCAUAUCACCUGGGUCGGUAAUCUCUAAUUCAGGCACAUCCUCUCCUUUCCCUGAUAGACGUCCAAUCCUUGAGUUCCGCAUGGGGGAGGCUCCCAAAAUCUUAGGAUUUGAACAUUUUACUACUAGGAAAUGGGGUUCUAGGCUAGGAUCUGGAUCAUUAACACCAGAUGGACUGGAGCAAGGUUCACGACUAGGUUCUGGAUGUGUGACUCCAGAUGGUCUGGGUUUGGGUUCAAGAUUGGGUUCAGGAUCAUUGACACCUGAUGGUUUAGGCCCUGCCUCAAGAGAUGGUGUUCUAGUGGAGAGUCAGAUUUCUGAGGCAGCAUUGCUUUCUAACCCAACACAUAGACCUAAAACAAGUCAUUGGCAUCAAGCAGAACCAUGCCAGAGUAUGAAUAUCCGAAGGAUUUAGUGGCGCAGGGCGGGAUAGAAAAAGAUGGACAAACAAAGGAUGCAGAAAGUUCUUGUGAUCUGUAUAUUAGAGAAACAUCCAAAGAAACAGAUGAAAAGGUGUCAGGAGAAGCUGAAGAGGAUCAUUGCUAUCAAAAGCAUCGCUCCGUUACUCUCGGGUCAAUUAAAGAGUUCAACUUUGACAAUAGAAAAGGAGAAGCUUCUGACAAGCCCACCAUAAGGUCCGAAUGGUGGGCGAAUGUAAAGGUUUCCGGAAAGGAAGCUAGGCCCGGAAACAACUGGAGUUUCUUCCCUAUGAUGCAGCCAGAGGUAAGCUGAAUUUUGUAAACUAUGCAACUUAGUUUCACCUCCAUGCAUAAAGUCAUAAAACUCGUUUAAAUAGAUUUGCAACACUAAACCACUAGCCUUUCAGUUGAUUUAUCCGAAGGUCGAAACUCGUACUUUCUUCAAUAGUCUUGGCAUAAUUUGAUGGCGAAGUGAACUAAAAGGCUAGUUUUCAGAGGUCAGAAGAGUGUUUAUUCAUUAUGACCUAAAAGAUGAUCCAGUGAGGGAAUAAUUCAUAGGGAUAAACUGUGUGGGUACCGAUAGAUC